GUACGCAUUGAGGCAUGUCUCAACUCUAGACCCAUCAUCGCUCUUCAUGACGAUCCUGAAGGCGGCGUCGCGCUAUCACCCGGAGACUUCCUCAUCGGCCGCCCAUUGAAUUCUCGUCCAGAGGCCACCGUUCCGGAAGCUCCGGACAAUCGGCUAAAGUACUACCAACGACUACAACGCAUGUUGCAACAUUUUUGGCACCGGUGGAAGGAGGAAUACUUGGUCCAGCUCCAGUCUCGUAGCAAGUGGGCCCGACCUACGCCAAAUCUACAAGUUGGUGACGUCGUGGCCAUCCAGCAAGAGCAGCUUCCUCCAUCUCGAUGGCGCAUCGGUCGCAUUACAGCAGUGCUUCCGGGGAGUGAUGGGCUGGUGCGCGUAGUCACCAUCGAAUCCUGCACAUUCGAAAGAGGCUUCUGUCGCAAACAUUUGUGUCAGCGCCCAGUCCAACGACUAUGCCGUAUCCUUCAAGCCCACGAAGGCAUUCUAAGUCCGGAGGACUUAGCCGGGGAGGAUGUACGCGAUUAAGUGGCAACGACCAGCUUUAUCGUCUG